AUGCUCAAGAAUCUGCCCUUAGAGCUCGUCCUCAGCAUCUUCAGAUACUGCGACGCCCGAACACUGUACAACGCACAACUCGUUAGCCGCGGAUGGGCAACUGCCAUUGCAGAGAACGAGAACACCGUUUAUCGCGCAACGGCUAUCUAUCACGGCUUUGUUGAUCCGUCAUCAACUCUCGAAGAAUUAUCCACCGAUUGGACCGGGCUGACGUCCUCUGAACACGAACACUUUCGGGGAUGGAAGGACUUCUGUCGAAGACGCUUCCAAGUUGAAUAUAAUUGGGAAGGACGUGGAUCGACUCCGAAGACGACUCUAUUCAGGUCUACUGGAAAGGAUGUGCAUAGGUUUAAGAUUGAUGAGAGGAGGGAUGCCCAGUUUAUUAUCACUACACACCGGAGAGGGGGGUUGAAGGUGACUUGCAUGGACACGGAUACGGUGCUAUUUGAACUCCGAAGGAGUUACGUGCGGCAGUAUGCUCAUUGCGAAUAUGACAACGGUUUCCUUAUCUUCGAUCGUUUUCAUCCUCAUGCGCUUGAGAUGUGGCGACUAUCUAACGAUAACGAUUGGGAUGGAAGUGUACCGGAAUCAAACGUCUUGCACCGGCCGGAUAUCUCGCAGCUCACCACACCAAGAAAACAUUCCGACGCAAGCGCUGGUCGAGGCAGCUUUAAGCCCUGGGCCCUGUUUGAACCGCGGAAUAGUCCCCGGGCUUAUCGCUUCGUGUACCCACACCUCCUCGUCGGCUCCGAGUGGGGACAAGAACUGUAUAUUUUUAAUGUACUGACGACAACUCUCGAUGAGACAAUUCCGAUCCCAUUGGAGGCUAUACCUGAUGGAGAGACAGGUGUACAUAUCAACUAUGUUGAACUCGGGGCUCGACAUGCUUUCGUAUGUACACCAUAUGGUGUUUUGAUUCUUCCACGUUUCCAGCACAUGACUGGCGAUACGAACGGUCAUAAUGGCGAUGAAGCUCCUCAAUUCAUUGAUUUUCCCAGCUCAGACCCGGAUAUGCAUAUACCGCAACUCAUACGUCACUAUGCUACACGCAUGAUACAAACGUUUGGUCCACCGAGCAAUCCAGCUAUGCGCGAGUUUAUCCUGACGGCACCUCGUGUACCGGAGCAGAGCACAGCUCUCGUGCGCAUCGGAGAAGAUAGGCAAGAAUUUAGUGCUGUACAUGUCUCUGCAGACGGCAAGAACUUCAUUGCUAUUACAGUCUUCGGCGUCGGAUACUUUGUGCGCGAUUUUGAACGAGUCUUCCGAGGCGAAGCGAGCAUUUCAGACGUCGCAUUGCGAAUAAAUUUGGGAACAUCAGCACUGAAUCUAGCGUUUGACCACGAUCGUGCCAUCAUUCAAACUAUCCAUGGCGUAUUUGUAUUUAACCUACAUACAACUGCACCAUACGAAGUAAUCACGCCACGGUAUCACGAGUCAUCGCUAUCACCACAACCACCCGUUCUUCCCCAUCUCUCCGCACAUCAGCUCUUGCACUUCCGGAAUCCGCUUCCGUUACGUCUCGUAACCUGCGUGAAGUUGUCUCGCACGUGCGUCUGGCUCGACUGGAGUGCUCGCGCGUUGGAGGAAGUGGAGGGAAGAGCAGCGCCGUUACCAGAUGAAGAAGAUGGCUUCUGGGCGAAUGGGGACGACGAAGUAAGGGAGGAACAUCCAUAUGGUAUGUCCACGCCUUAUUUCCCCACGCCCUAG